GUUAAACGGAAUCGCUAAACAACUCAAGGUACUUUAAUGUGCGUAUUCUCUUUGUGUUCGUAGUUAUUUUUGAUGAAUAUCUAUGUAUGAAUAAGUUGAACUGUGUUUUUAAAAGCCAUGCAUCCGUGUGAAAACUUUGGAAAUGUUCUUCUCUCUGGGGGAAAUUUACCUUUAAGAGCCAGGAAUGUAUAACAAAUCAGCGUUAGUGUGACAUGCAGUUAUAGCUGGGCUGCCGCUCCGCACAAAACAACAGAAUAUUACGUUUAAUUGAACGUUUCAAUCCCAAACUGACUUGGACGAGUGUAUAACAGCCUGCGGCUCACACUGCCGCCCAGUGGCGACGGACGCUACUGCGUGAUGACGCUAUCACACUGCGCUUGUUACGCCGCUCCCGUACCGACGUAAACACGUGCACUUCGCUGCUUCCAGGUUAUCGUUUUUUUCAUUCCACCGUCAUCCUCGCGCUCUAGCAUCACUCCCUGACAACAGCAGCGAUGGCGGAGCCCGUAGCAUCGGAUGCGGCGGCCACGACGGACGCAGCGAUAGCGGCAGCAUCUCCGACCCCGGGCCUCUCUCCAGCAGCCAGCCCGGGCUCGGAGCCUCCAUCCAUGGCUCUGUCUCCCACGGCGGACGGCUCCCAGCGGCUGCUCUUCUCCCACGACCUGGUCUCCGGGAGGUACCGCGGCUCAGUCCGGUUUGGCCUCGUACGGAUGAUCCACGGCGAGGAGGAUUUUAACUCAGACUCGGACAUCGAUGAUGGCGGAGGGAGAGGCGGUGGUGGUGGAGGGGGUGGCGGCGGCGGUGGAGGAGGAGGAGGACGAGUCCCGUGCGGUUCGGACACUGAGAGCGCUGUGGACACCCCGAGUCGGCCUCUGGUGAGGGGAUUUGUCCGCGUCCAGUGGUACCCUGAAGGAGGCAAGCAGGACAUCAGGGAAACAAAGCUAAAACUUGAAGAUCGAUCUAUUGUCAUCAGAGACAUCGUGCGACGAAACAAUUCUAACGACAACCAGUGUGGUAUUGUGACCAACAUCGACAUCGAGUGUGCAGUGAAACUAGUGGGAACAAACUGUGUUCUGUAUCCAGUUAACAGCAAAGACUUGCAGCACAUCUGGUCUUUUAUGUACGGCGACUACAUUGCCUACGACUUCUGGCUGGGGAAAGUGUACGAUCUGACUAAUCACAUCAUCCUCAAGCUCUCCAAUGGAGCCAGGUGCUCCAUGAGCGUGGAGGAUGGUGCCAAGCUUUACGACGUCUGUCCACAUGUCAGUGACUCGGGCUUGUUCUUCGACGAGGCAUAUGGUUUCUACCCAGGCCAGGUUCUGAUUGGUCCGGCCAAAGUCUUCUCUAAUGUACAGUGGCUCUCAGGGGUCAAACCUGUCCUCAGCAGGAAGUGCAAGUUCAGAGUGGUGGUAGAAGAGGUCAAAGUGGUAGAACUGAAGGUGACGUGGAUCACAAAGAGCUACUCUCCCAAAGGUUCUGACAGCGUCUAUCCUCCUCCCUCCACCAUCACACAGGAGAACCUCUGCAGGGUAAGGCGUCUAGGAUACUACGAUCACACCCAGAGGCAGCUUGGAGAGAGGGCCCUGUAUGUUUUCCCAGCUAAGGGGGACGCCACGCGCAUCACCUGUGAAGGACCCGAGGGUGCCCCUAUCCUGCCUGAAGACCCCGUGGCUAGAAGGUUGAAAAGGAUGUUCAAGAAAGAUUCGGGAAAGAAGAUGGAGAACGCUGACACACAAGGGGAGCACAAACCGGAGCAGGCGGAUUUGUCUCAUCCCAACAACAACAACGGCCCUGUGACUUCCACACAGAACCCCCUGGACUCUCAGAACACCAACGACAACUUGGCUGAGCACGGGGAGCAGGACGCAGAUGAUGAGGCCGCAGAAGACACAGAUGAUACAAGCUCUCUGACGUCAUCGGCCAGCUCUACAGCCUCCUCUCAGAGUGGCGGCCUGGGAACCAAUCGGAAGAAGAGCAUCCCGCUUUCCAUCCGAAACCUCAAGAGGAAGCACAAGAAGAAGAGAACCAAGUUUUCCCGCGAGUUCAAGCCUGGAGACCGGGUUGCAGUGGAGGUUGUAUCCACAAAGACCACGGCUGAUGUGAUGUGGAAGGACGGGCGGGUGGAGAAGGGGAUCCGAUCAAACGACCUCAUCCCCAUCCAGCACCUUGACAGCCACGAGUUUUGUCCCGGGGACUUUGUAGUAGACAAAAGACCCCAAGCCCUUCAGGACCCAGGAGUGUACGGAGUGAUACAGUCUGGUGAUCACAAGGGCAGAACAUGUGUCGUCAAAUGGAUCAAACUGAACUCCUCCAGCGACGACGUGGAGGUUAUCGGUAUGGAGGAGGAUGUGAGCGUGUACGACAUCGCAGAUCACCCAGACUUCCACUUCCGCACCACUGACAUCGUCAUCAGAAUAUGGAACUCCGAGAAUGGCCAGAACGACUGCGAAAAUGAGACAUCCGUUGGCCAGGUGUCCAGGGUGGAUGUGAGCAGCAAAGUGGAGGUGGUGUGGGCAGAUAACUCCAUGACCAUCGUCCUGCCACAGCACCUCUACAACGUGGAGUCUGAGAUCGAGGAGACAGACUACGACUCGGUAGAGGAGACGAGCAGCGUCCUGUCCACUGAGGAGUGGGAGGACGAGAGCGACAGCUGGGAGACGGACAACGGCCUCACCACUGAGGAGGACAGCCACGUCAACAAUGCAGAAGCCACUGACACGGCGACCCCCACCCCCACUCCCACCGGCUCCACAGCGUUCAUCAUCCCCCCUCAAGAGGGCAGCAAAGUUGGGGUCACCAGUCCCACUAAAGGAGCCUCUGGAGAGGAGGGAGAGGCAUCAGUGGCUGUGGCCAGUCCUGCUUCAGGAGGAGGAACCACUCCGGGAGCGGUCAACGGAGCAGAGAAGCCCAGUAAAGACGGUGCCUCUCGGGGCUUCAGGGAGUUGAAAGAGGCCUUGAAAAUACUUGAGAGCCUGAAGAACAUGACUGUGGAGCAGCUGUGGACCGGCGGUUCACCAACCUCCCCGACCUCGGCCGAACCCGCCUCCACAGCUCACGUAGCGGCUUCAGUCACGCCAACAGCCCCCGAGAAACCGACCAAGGAAAAACGCUUCUUGGACGACAUCAAGAAGCUGCAGGAGAACUUGAGGAAGACGCUGGACAACGUGGCCAUCGUCGAGGAGGAGAAGAUGGAGGCUGUGGUAGAGGCAGGAGGGAGUGGAGCAACGGGGACAGAGGCAGAACGAGUUGGAGAGGAAAAGCCCCAGCAGGAGCCGCAGACACCGGUGGGUGGACAGGAAUGGCCCAGCGAGUUCCUCAGCGACACACCUGUACUGUGCCAACAGAGUGGUGGCAAGCCUGGCGUCACCUUCACCAGUGCCAAGGGAGAAGUGUUCUCUGUGCUGGAGUGGGCACCAGACACGCACUCCUUUAAGAAAAUGGAGUUUCAGCCGGCGGAGGCAAAGAAGUUCUUCAGCACAGUGAGGAAGGAAAUGGCUCUGCUGGCAACGUCUCUGCCGGACGGCAUCAUGGUCAAAACGUUUGAAGAUCGCAUGGACCUGUUCUCUGCUCUGAUCAAAGGGCCGACUCGUACGCCGUACGAGGACGGUCUCUUCCUGUUUGACAUCCAGCUGCCAAACAUCUACCCAGCUGUGCCGCCUCUGUUCCGCUACCUGUCGCAGUGCAGCGGCCGCCUCAAUCCCAACCUGUACGACAACGGCAAGGUCUGCGUCAGCCUGCUGGGCACCUGGAUUGGAAAGGGCACCGAGAGAUGGACCAGCAAGUCAAGUCUGCUGCAAGUCCUUAUCUCCAUACAAGGCCUUAUUCUCGUCAAUGAGCCUUAUUAUAACGAGGCCGGCUUUGACAGUGACCGAGGCCUACAGGAAGGAUAUGAGAACAGCCGCUGCUACAAUGAGAUGGCCCUGAUUAAGAUGGUCCAGUCCAUGACACAGCUCCUUCAGAACUCUGUGGAGGUCUUCAAACAGGAGAUCCAGGAGCACUUUACUUCCAACGGCUGGCGGCUCGUCCACCGUUUGGAUGCCUGGCUGGAGCUGAAUGAGGCUACUGAGAGGGGUCACGCAGCACAUGUGUCCUCCAGGGCUCAUCACUCCAAAGACCGGUCCGUAGAGCCUCUGGACGAGCAGGUGCCCCUGGGAUCGGGCCCUGUUGCGGUGGCCCACAGCAGCCCCAGCAAGCCUGGGGAGGAGGCAGUAACGGGAACUGGAGUGAGCAGUAUUAUGGAGGAGGAGCUGGAGGAUUCAGGGCUGAGUCCCUCCACUACAGCGACCACUCAGCAGGAGAUGAGCCAGAACUCAGACUGCGACAGCAGCACCCAGGGGAACACCUCUCUGGCUGGUGAAAACAGGGGCAGCUCGGCAGUCCCUGGCUCCGUAGUCCGCGGCGGGACGUCAGAAUCAGGUUCAGCCACAGUUAGUGGAGGAGGGGUGGGCUCCACAGGAAGCCAGCCAGUGGUGCGACCAAAGAAACGGAGAAAGAGCUACAGGAGUUUCCUCCCAGAGGGCAGCGGCUACCCAGACAUCGGCUUCCCACUCUUCCCGCUCUCUAAAGGGUUCGUGAAGAGCGUCCGAGGUGUGCUGCUGCAGUACCGAGCUGCGCUGGCCGCCGCUGGCAUCACUGAGCACACAGAGGACAAGUAAGUGCCUCCUCACCUUCCCCAACACACCUCUGCACUGUUCCCUGCUCUGUUCCUCAUUCUCUUCUACCUUCUCAUCUGCCUCAAGCUGUAGAGGAGGAUCCAUUACUUGUUGUCAGGGGGGCCUUUUCAGUCGCCUGUACCCCUGUCCAGAGCUGCACUGUGCCCCAGCACUGCCCACAUUUUUGCCCUUUUCCUACAUUUCUUAGUCUGUACUGCUCCUGCUGCCCUGAUCUUGGCAUUUCCCACCCAUAAUCCCUGUCGAUCAAACCAGGACUGAUGGAGAGCAGCACCUCCGAUCAGGAGAAGUGAGCAGGUUCUGGUUUGGAUGUGACUUCAUGAUGUUUUUGUUCUCCCUCAGUGUCUCUGCAGAUGAGUGUGAUGAAUAAGCAUGGACUUCACAAAAACCAACGAGAGCUACCCAGUCACAUAGGAACCCUCAUCUGUUCAUGCACGCAGGUAAAAACACAUGGAGGCAAUGUUUCUCAUUUGGCCUCAGUGGAGGUUGUGUGGAUGCAAAAAGUACUGAAAAUCAGUGCCAUGAACCCUCCUCAUCCACCUAGCCUCUGGCGGCAUUUGCUGGAUAACCACUCAGCCGUCUCAAUCAGUCUGACUUGUGAUCGUCGCUGUAUUUUGGGACGAGGCCUCAGACGGCCAGGCUCCAUUGGGAAAAACUGCAACGCCCAGCUUUCCUGGCUGAUGCGGCUAUCUGUAGCACUACUGAUACUAUCGCUGUACCAUCCUGCACUACAACACAAGAAUGGACAAUCUGGUCUGGGAGAGCAACACCGUAUAAACAGACUGACAAGGAGGAUUGUUAUUCAGUAGAAAUCACUAGUUGUACGGAUUCUGCCAAAUUUCCUCUGUCCACAAACACACAAAUAUCCAAGUAGAAAGUACUGAAUGUCAGUAAAACUGCCAACCACAACAGCUUUGCCACUUCUUCCAAGACACUUGCUGGUUUUUUCCUCGGCCAGUCGCUCACACUGAACCACGCAGCAAACAUCGAGUGACUAAGUUUACAUGCGGAUCACCUCCUGAGUUCAGACCGCUGUAGCCGUUUUUGUGCGUAGAGGGGCCAGACAGUCAGGUGGUUCUUUGUGAAGCUAAACACAGCUGCCGCCUCCACAUACAAAAGUUCCAUUCCCUUUCUGUAGAAUUUAGCAACGUUUUUCGAUCACCAAAAUGAGACCCGUGCUUUGGUAUUUUGACGCAUUUGGUGUUGUUUUACUCACAGAGCCUGAACUUCCGGGUUCAGGGGGGAUCCCACAUCACUGCAAAUGACACAAUUUAAAUAACAGACCAAAAAAAAACAAAAAGAAAAAGAAAAAAAAAAAAAACAUACAGCAUCCAUUCCUUCAUCUCAUGUCAACAUGUUGCCUUACUUGAAUCGUUCUUAAUGAUCUCAGACCAUUGUGUACAGAGCUGCUUGUGUCAUGCUUUAGACAUUAACCUGCACAGGCCGAGACACACACACACACACACACACACACACACACACACACACACACACACACACUAAAAACCACUAAAACCCUGUUCCAGUGUUUUCCUCUUUAACAGUGCAGAUCUCUGAUCAGUUUCCCACUUUAUCAGUUCUUAAACAUGACUUGCUCACACUUCCCUCUCUAAAUUGCACGUGCAGAGUUUGUUAACAUCAGAAUACAAACAACAGUGAGUGUGACGCUGAAGGUUUGUUUAUAUAAUUAUUUUAGCUUGAGUGCUAUUUUCUGCUAUUCGACGUUUUCCUCGAUUUGAGCAUCUUAUCCGACGAAUGUGACUGCUGAGAGAAAAUUACUCAAAUUACCGCACGCACAAACUGAAAACUAAAGCUCAUCGCACACAUUCAGUCUGGUUUUAGGUUUUCCCAACCAAGUUGCCCUGAAACUAUCUUCUUUGCUACAGAUUGUUGAGAAAGAAACUCACCUUUGGGUCCAAUCGUGCUUCCUGGGGAAAUCAAAGCAGUCUUUGUUUACAUAACUGCAUCCCACCUCAAACUUUUUCUUUCUUCUUUUUCAGAUAUUAUUAAUCACAUACUAAUAAUUGUUAUAAUGAUUCCAGCACAGGUCAGACAAGCUCCCUUGUGCUUGCUUCUAAUCUGUGAGAUAAACAGGUAAGCCUUGGCUGACUGGUGUUUUACUUGAACAAAGAUGCUGAAGAGUGUUUCUGAAUGAGAGAGAGCAAGACGUAGAGAGGGCGCGGUGCCAUUGUUAUACUAUGAGUGAUGGAAGAGGAUGAGCCAAGAGUUGCUGCGUUUUUAAAAGAAACUUCACUUUAAAAAAGAAAAUCUGAAUAAGGGUAUUUUGCUUUGUCUUCCAUCCCGCCCACCCCCGAAAACUGGCAUUCCACUGUGUCCUCUCCCUGGAUUUUACUCCCCUGUCGUUAUUUCGCUGCCUUUAACGCCACAGAGGAGGAUGUGUUGUGUAGCCUUGUUUGCUUUUUCUACCUUUUUCUUUUUUUCUUUUUCUCUUUCCUCCACAUGCUGCUGUUUGUAAAAUGUCACCUGAACGAUUCUUGGUGAAACAUGUUUGAAACGGUCGUAAAGGUACCGAGAGUUGAGGGGUGACAUUGUCGCUCCAUCUUAUUUGUCAACAGUCGCAGAAACGGAAAAUGUGAAGCUAUCUCGCUAGAUCUCGAAGCAGAAAAAUCUGGCAGGAUAUCAAGCACAUGAUGCUAUGUACAAUUUUCUGUGUAUGUUGUGUAUAUUAUUCAGAUUUAAACCAUUAUUAUUAUUAUUAUUAUUAUUAUUAUUAUUAUUAUUAUUACUGCGAGAAGUUUGUUUUUCCAGCCAAAGCAUGUAACAUGUUGCUUUAAGCCUUUUGAAUGGGCUACACACAAGACUUGACUGUACGAUGUCUACAUUUCCACAGUGGCCUGUUAUUGAUAUAUUAAAAAAAAAGAACAAAUAAAGUUAUGAUUUGUAGCCUGAUUCCCUCUGUACAGAUGUCAUGACUAUAUUGAAAUAUAUAAAUACAUACAGUAUAUAUUUAACACAACACUUGAGUUCUAACAAGUCACGUGGAUGCUUGGGGCAUAUAUGUUCAAACUGCUGAGUGUGUAACUGUACUUUCAUUUUUCUUUUUUUUUUUUUAAUGGUUUACUUUUGUUGCGUUAAGACGACUGUAUAGUGGUGUAUUAAACUUUGCGAGCAGUACCAUAGUA